GCCUGCCUGCCUGCCUCUCUCUCUCUCUCCCUCCCUCCUGCGGGGGCUGGGAGGGCCAGGACGGUUCCCUCUGAGUCCUCCUCUUCCUGGCCUCUCUUUCUUCUCCCCUCCUUCUCCACCACGAACAGCCCUGCGAGAUGGCGGAGCGAAAGAUCCUCAUCCUUUUCGGCAGCCAGACGGGCACCGCCGAGGACACGGCGGAGAGAAUCGGUCGGGAAGCCAAAUGGCGCCAUUUCCAGUGCAAGGUCGAGGCUUUGGACAACUACAAUGUGGCCUUCCUCAUCCACGAACCGCUGGUGGUGUUUGUCUGUGCGACCACCGGGCAAGGAGACCCUCCUGAUAACAUGAAGAAUUUUUGGAGGUUCCUGUUCCGGAAGAGCUUGCCUCCCACUUCUCUGUGCCAGAUGGACUACGCCGUCCUGGGGCUCGGAGAUUCUUCGUACCCCAAGUUCAACUUUAUCGCCAAGAAGUUGCACAAGAGACUUUUGCAGCUGGGGGGCAACCCCCUCGUGCCUGUGGCGUUGGGAGACGACCAGCACGAUUUGGGCCCAGAUGCCGUGAUUGACCCCUGGCUUUUGGACUUGUGGGGAAAGAUCCUGGCUUUGUAUCCUCUCCCUCCCGGCGUCCAUGUCAUCAGUCCAGAAAUCACUUUGCCGCCCAAAUUUGCCUUUCAGUUUCUAGAAGGGGCCUCUGGGGAGGACCUCCGCGAGGGCUCCCCUCAGCAAGAGAGGUCCUCCGGAGGGGCCCCUUCCAAGCUGCACCCUUUCCCAGCACGCCUGGUGUCAAAUCAGAGGGUGACGUCGGAGUCACACUUCCAAGAUGUCCGCCUCAUUCAGUUGGACGUGACCGGCGCUGGCAUUGAAUACACCGCUGGCGAUGUAGUCAUGAUCCAGCCCCGCAACGCUCCUGAGGACGUGCAACUCUUUUGCAAUCUCCUUCGUCUGAACCCUGACAAGCGCUUUGUGCUGAAGCCAACGGAUCCAGGCACCCCUCUUCCCGCCCACCUGCCCCAGCCUUGCACCCUCCAUCACCUGGUGAGCCACUACCUGGACAUCACCUGCGUCCCCCGCCGCUCUUUCUUUGAGCUCGCGUCCCACUUCUCGACCAACGACCUGGAGCGAGAGAAGCUGCAGGAAUUCAGCUCCGCGCAAGGCCAGGAAGAGCUGGCCGCUUACUGCUACCGGCCCCGCAGGACCACGCUGGAGGUCCUGUGUGACUUCCCCCACACCACUUGUGCCAUUCCGUGCGAUUAUCUCCUCGACCUCAUUCCACGGAUCAGGCCCCGAGCCUUCUCAAUCGCGUCCUCCAUGCUGGUCCAGCCCAACCAAAUUGAGAUCCUUGUGGCCGUGGUGCGUUACAAGACCCUUUUGAGCAAACCUCGGCGUGGGCUGUGUUCCACGUGGCUGGCCUCCCUCGAUCCACAGAACGGGACGGCGAGGGUGCCUCUUUGGGUGAAGAGAGGAAGCCUGAAGUUCCCGGCCGACAGACUCACGCCCGUCCUCCUGAUCGGACCCGGGACAGGAGUGGCCCCUUUCCGAGCCGCCAUCCAGGAGCGUGUGGCCCAGGGCAAAGGAGGGAAUUACCUCUUCUUUGGAUGUCGGCAGAAAGAGAAAGAUUUUUACUGCCAGGCGGAAUGGGAGGCGCUGAUGGAAAGGGGGCUCCUGCACCUCUUUGUGGCCUUCUCCCGGGAUCAGGAGGAGAAGGUUUACGUCCAGCACCGGCUCCGGGAGAGGAAGGAGCUUGUGUUUGACCUGGUGUCCCGCUCGGGGGCCUCCAUCUACCUUGCCGGGAACGCCAAGCAGAUGCCGGAAGCGGUGGCAGACGCCCUGAAGAUGGUCUUCCAAUCCCAGGGAGGCUUGUCUGCCCUGGAAGCCGAGCAGUAUCUGGCCCGCUUAGAACGGGACGGCCGCUUCCAGGCCGAGACGUGGUCUUGAGCCGCGCCGAGCCACGGAGGGCGGAGCAGGAAGGCUCUUCUGGCCAGGGCAGAACGGCUGUAGCCCAGCCCAGGGUACGGUACCAAUAAAGAAAGGCCUGAGCAGCCUGGAUCCUCAA